UGUAGGGGGCAGCAGUUGAAUGAAGCAGAAGUGGGAAGCGGCGGUUAGCGCAGCUCCACACCUUUCCGGUGUAGCUCGACUAAAGGAGAAAGACGACAGCUGCCUGUAUUUUUGCCGAGAGGAAGGUGCGAGGGAAGGGGGACUUGAGGUGGAUCUUGAUGAUAGAAUACACGUGUUGCUGAGUGGCUGGGAUCCUUAUUAUUUUUUGUUGACGACUGGGCCCGCGCAAGAACCGUUAAGUUACCCCGACGUGGCGCUAAAUGGAGUAGACCGAGUAAAGUGCUCUUUCUCCGGUAGAAGCGAACAAGGGCGCAGCCGGUGAGGAAGACCAGGAGUUGGUACCAAGGCUUGUUCUGUGGCCUUACAUGUGGUCUCUCGUCAGCUUUUUAAACUCUCGUGUUCCGUUAUCACCACUGCUCGGUUUGUUUGUGCAGUUUUGUGCUGAUUCGGAACACACAAUGGAUGUCCUGCAACAGCUGCUGCUAAUUUUUUAGGGUAACCGAGCCAGGCCCUGCAAACAUGGUGCUCUGAACAUAAAUGCCCUUGCAUCUCAGAAGAGCGAGCCAUAAGAAACUUCUUCGGUACUGUAUAUUUUUGACUUCCUCCCCCCCAGUAAAGCCUGUCAUGUCUUCAUAAGAACAUCAUCAAACUGAAGCUACGAUCCAACUGAGUGAUUACUUUGUCUCAUCCAGUAUUUUAAAAACACUUGUAACAAAAAGUAUUUAUGCACAAGAGCUCAAAAUGGGGAAAAUGCUAUCUAAGAUAUUUGGCAACAAGGAGAUGAGAAUACUGAUGCUUGGACUUGAUGCUGCUGGAAAAACAACAAUUCUUUACAAACUGAAACUGGGGCAGUCUGUCACCACCAUCCCCACAGUCGGCUUCAACGUGGAGACUGUCACCUACAAAAAUGUCAAGUUCAACGUGUGGGAUGUUGGAGGCCAAGAUAAGAUUCGCCCUCUGUGGCGACACUACUACACGGGCACCCAGGGUUUAAUUUUUGUUGUGGAUUGCGCAGACAGAGAUCGCAUCGAUGAGGCAAGGCAGGAACUUCACCGCAUCAUUAACGACCGGGAGAUGAGAGAUGCCAUCAUCUUGAUAUUUGCCAAUAAGCAAGACCUUGCAGAUGCCAUGAAGCCCCAUGAAAUACAAGAGAAGCUGGGGUUGACCCGCAUCAGAGAUAGGAAUUGGUAUGUUCAGCCAUCCUGUGCCACCUCAGGUGACGGACUGUAUGAGGGCUUGACAUGGCUAACUUCCAAUUACAAAUCUUAAUGAUGGCGUCCUAACUCUUUUGGGUCAAAAUUUAAAAGUUGCUAGCAACAAAUACCUUCUCAGAUGAGUGGUUAAAAAAAGUUGAUUUAUCUCCCAUUUAUUUUUAAUACAUUUACCUCAUGACUAAUUUAUCUUUAACUGGGUUUGCUGGCUUAAAAGUUGCUUGUAGCAGGCCUAUAUCUCUCUCAUUACUUUGGGGCUUGCUUUAUGAAUAUUGGAUUAGUUAGUCCUAAUAUUGAAGUCACAGAUCACCGCCUUUUGCCUAUUCUUUUUCCUGUUUUUAUAUAAUUUUUCUAACGGAUUUGGAGUUUUUUUUUUUUUUUUUUUUUUUUCAUUCUUGGACUUGAGCUUGUGCAGGCCAUUGGCCUCUGUUGGACAUUUGACACAGUACUGUGAUUGAAAAGUAAUUCUCAAUGACUGCAGUAAGAAAAG